AUGUCUGUUCUUAUCUGGAACAUUAGAGGUGCGGGGAACCCCAAAUCCCUUCUAUAUCUUUUAAAGAUAAUUACACAACGCAAACCACAAAUAGUUGCUAUUUUGGAGCCUAAACAACAAGUUAAUAAAAUUACAAAAAUUGCCCAGCAGAUUGGGUACAAGAAUUAUACUCAUGGAAACCCUCUCAAUCCUUAUAUAUGGGUUUUUUGGAGAGACGAGGUGAAUUGGCAGACGUUGGAGAUUCAUCCUCAAUGCCUUACUACGGAAGUGGUGAUUCCUAAUAUUUUUUCUGGGAAGCUGACCUUCGUAUACGCUAAAUGCAAUCGACAGGAACGACUACCUCUGUGGGAUUAUCUAUCUCAUCACAGUAGCGAUUGUCAUGAGCCUUGGGUGAUUGGUGGAGACUUUAACGUUAUCAAAACUCUAGAUGAAAAGCAGGGAGGAUCGAACGCACAUAUGACGGGGAUGCAAGAUUUUAAUGACUUUUUAGUUGAUGCUCGCUUAACAGAUGCAGGUUUCGUGGGUAAUAUCUUCACUUGGAGUAAUAAUCAACGGGGUCAAAAUCGCAUUUGGCAAAGAUUAGAUCGAAUUUUGUUGAACGCGGAGGCUUUCACUGCCAUUUCGGCCAGAGUGGAUCAUCUCCCAAGGCUGGAAUCUGACCACUGCCCAUUACUUCUCAAUUUUGGCCAGCUGCAAACUAAGCCAUCUCGUUUCUACUUUCAAAAAAUGUGGACGGAGCACCACAAUUACCAAGAGUUCGUUGCCUCAAUUUGGCAACAGAUUAUUCAUGGCGGUCGUGCUAAUUUUGAGAGUGAGCUGGCCAACCUUCGCAAGGCUCUUAGAAAGUGGAAUUGGGAGGUUUUUGGGAAACUCGAGGAUAAUAUUUCUUCCAUGCAAAGUAAUAUAGCGGAUAUGGAAGCCCGUCUUUCCCAUGCAUGGGAAGAUGAUUUGUUCACAGAAUGCCAAAAAGAAAAAACGGACCUCGUAUAA